AUGAUUCAAGGUGAAAGGGGCUUCAAUACUGUACGAUGUGGGGCGUGUCAAGAAGGGGGGCACUUUGUGGCCGUUCUUGCUUUGGCCUUUUUCGCCGAGACCGUCGUGGGCACCCCACUCGACGACCUCCGGCCUCUGGCCUACACCUUGUGGACGACGGAGUUCUUGUCCCAAGCGACCUCCCAUGAUCUUGCUGAGUUCUACUCUACGCCGGACUAUGUCCAUCAUAGCAAUCGCAUCGAUGCGCUCAACAUCAGCAAGAUGUACCUUCAACUAGAUCAAGUCGAACACUCCGAGCUUCAUGUUGUCGACCCGACUCUGUCGGAGACCGAUCGUAAUUCGCGUCUCGCGGAAAUCAAGGCGCGCACGACCGCCAUCCAACGUGAGGUAAUUGCCCGUGAGGCGAUCAAGAAACUGGCGAAUCAACGCUCUGCGGCGCACACCUUCUUGGUUUCAGCCAUUUCUACCAACCCCCGCCGCCUCUAUCAGGCCACUACGAGUCCAUUUGAGUUCUUUGAGGAUAUUUAA